GUAUUAUGUUUUUGGCAUUGGAUUCUUUGGUACAAUCUCUGUUUCUCUUUGAAAUAUUCAAAGGCUGCGAUGGACUAAGCAUCAAAUACCAGUUCGAUCCGAUUACACAGAGAUAUGGGGAGAGAGAGGGUAAGGAUGAAGAUGAAGCUGAAGAAGCUGAAGCUUAAGAGGAGGCGAAGAGAUUUGACCAAGCGAUUUCUGCGGAUUAUCCAGCAGCCGCAGAUAUGAACUAAGACCACACAAACAAGAACAUGAUGCACUGUCUAUGGAGAGCGAACUCAAGAGAUUACGGCUUUUGACCAGGAGAUUGACUGGUAAGGAUCUCGACGGUUUGAGUUUCGCGGAGCUGCAAUUACUUAGAGACCAUCUAAACGAUGUCUUGGUCAUUGUGACUAACCAAAAGAACAAAAUAAAGCUGGAAAAGGCUGAAAGGCUGCGCCAACAGAAGAAGGAAGCAGGGGAUGAGAAUGAAGGUCCGAGGACAAGGGUUUUGGUUCCUUGCAGAUCCUCUAACCGCGGCUCCGGAGAGAGACAACAGAAACAGGAUGAUGGAUCACCACCACUGUCGCGAACGCAGAUAGAAUUCGAGAAACGAAAAGCUGAAUCCAUGCACAGCGAAUUCGAGAGAUUAUGGCUGUUGAAGGAGAGAAUGAAUGGUAGAAAGCUGACAGGUAUGACUUUCUCCGAGCUGCAUUUACUUAUAAGUCAGAUAUACCAAGGAUUACGUGGAGUGCAUGAGCAUCAUCAUAUAUGACCUGACCAAGAAUGGAACAAAAUGCAAUGCUAUGCUAGACUCAUGUAGCUGCUUCUUUCGAUUGAUUUCUUCUCUUUAUUUACCCUCCCUAAUAUUUACUUUGACAUAAUUUUAUCUUUUAUCGUCUCCUCCCUUCUAUACUUUCGGACUAUGAGUCUCUUUAGUUUGACUUUUAAGUAUUACUGUUUUCCUUUCGCAAUCUUAUGUAGGAAUGACAUGUUCGCAUAAUCGCAUUUUGUUUAUUCU